AUGGUUGAGUUACAAUACCUUGAGCCAGUUCCUAUUAUUCGAAGCGCGUUGACGAAAUCAUGUGGAGAUCUGAUGGAUGCUCUACUCUAUCUUCAUCGGCCGGAGCAGAUGAAAGAGGCUUCCGAAAGGAGGUCAACUUUCGCUCGAGUGCCUGCCAGAUCCGUGUCUGCUCCACCGAGGAAAAAAUGGUUUAAAAGAAGCACGGGUGCUUUGGAAAGAUCAAGUUCAAGCUCAAACACUGUUCUUUGCGACGAAUUUACUCGAAAGUUGGUUGGAGCAAUCACAACCUGGCAUGAUAUCCAUAGUAACUUGCUACGUUUGAGUAUAGACAGAAGUAAUUCUGAAAGUUCGAUCAGCAGCCGUUCAACAAUAAUCUCUGACGAAGAAGAGGCAAUCGAUGAGACAAAUCCGAAUUGUCUUUGUGCGCCCCAGGCAAAUAAUCGAUUAUCAAUAUCAAGUCCAGAAUUGACUUCAAUCCAAAUAAAACAAAUGUUUCCUGAGCUAAGUGAGCAUUGGAGUCGUAAUUGUGGUUCUACGUCAUCAGUUCCGUCUUCAAAAGAGAAGACAAAAGUUGAAUCUCGUCGAUCAACACCGAUAUGGAGGAAAAAAUCAUCACCAGCAAGUGUGAACCAUCACCAAGCACAAGCAACUCCAUCUUGUUCAUCCACAACACAUGUGGUAGUAAAUAGCGCAACGUCUGUAGGUAUAUCGUCCAGCUGUGUUCCAUCGUCCUCCGCAUCUUCUGCUGUCGUAACAUCAGCUCAUACAGCAGCAAGUUCCCCAGAGACAACUCAACAUCGCAAAAAAGUUGCGAAAAAGAAAUCAUCGUGGCGAGGAGAAGGAGCAGCUCGUAAGUUGAGUGAAGCCUUACCAGCAGCAUUACGAAGUCCAACAAAUAUUCUUCGGCGAAAGAAGACACUUGGCCCAAGCCUGAGUUGGGACCCAGAGCAUAGAUCGAGAAGUCCAUCACAAGUAAGCCGAAGUAGAAUUCAUUCUGACGGAAGCGAGGAACCACCGGCUCCAGUAGUCGCGUCAGCCACCAGUGAAGGUGAGAGUGACGACGAAGCCUUCGAGGGACCUCGUUUUGAGUUGGAGCUCAGCUGUCCUCACUGUGCUCUAGUUGCUGACUACAAACGACGUUUGCUGAAAACGGAGCUCGAAUCUGCAGUUCUACGCUUAGCUAGACGAUUGGGUAACGGUCGCCAGCUUCGGGAUGAAGCUAUGCGAAAUGGCCAGCCCGCACCUGAUAUAAUCGUUUCAUCCAUAAGUUCGGACGAUGAAGACCGUUCGUAUGAACGACACACGAGCAGUGAAAGAACAAGCAGUCUUCAAACGAGUGAAACAAACUCUCCCUGCAGCUCAUCCUCGCCGUCUCCUCGCAUGUCGCGUAAUGGAAAUGAUAUAACAUUUGAUCAUUCACCAGAUGCUUCAACUCAAGAUCUUCUACUGUCUCCAUUUCGACUAUGUCCACCAACUCUUUUAUCACCAAAUCCUGAUACAAAUUCUCCUCCAAGAUCAAAUUCCGUUGAUUUAUCAACAUUAAGACGAGAUAUUGAAAUGUUGUCAGUAUCCUCCGGAGAGUCAGAUGGAGCAUCUGAUGGAGAGUUUGAACCUCCAACUCCGGCAGAGAGUGUUCGAACUGUUCGCUCUAAAUCACAUGACCCGGCAGCCCCAACAUCCGUCUUACGUAGACCUAGUCGCAUAGAACAUCUAUCAGAAUUAUUCAGAAAGGCAUUAGCUAAAUCACCUGUAGUUCGUCGAUCAGCAGCUGAACAGGAAAUUCGAACCGUUAACAAACACCGUACUAGCCGUUAUUGGCAAGAUGAUCAAAUGUUACCAGCAGAGCACAUCUGGUUGCCAUCUUCAGGGCCUGGCUCAUCAGCCUCUGCUGAUUCCGAAUGUUAUGUCGGCGAGAAGGAUUGUAGAAAGCAAGGCGAGAAACGUCGUUGUGCCGCCUGUCAUAUAGUAGCUCAUUCAGGAUGUUCUUCUCUGUUAUCAAAGUUAAAUCUAAAUUGUAAAACAACCUAUAGAGAUCAUACAAUCAAAAAGCAGCCAACAAAAGAAAUGAUGGAUAAUCUUACUAUGCAUCAUUGGGUACAUAAGUGGAGGCAUGAAGGACGCUGCAACACUUGUGGUAAAUCUUUCCAACAGAAGAUGUUUAACUUCCAGCAAAAGGAAAAGAAGGAAACAAUUGCUGUAACAUGCUCAUGGUGCAAAGAAUCAUAUCACGUCAAGAAUUGUUUUUCAAGAGAUAAAUUAGAACAAAAGUGUGAUCGUGGGGUUCUACGUGAUAUGAUAGUACCACCAAACUGGAUUCUUCGUUUACCCAGUCGAAAUAGAAACAAACAUAAACAAUUGAAUAGAGCGAGUAGACGGCCAACAAGACAGUUUAUCGUUAAACCAACAGAUAUGUGGACAACAGGACCAACCCAACCUCUAGUUGUCUUUGUGAACCCAAAGUCAGGAGGGAAUAAGGGAUCGAAAGCUCUUCACACUUUGUGUUGGCUGCUGAACCCACGCCAAGUGUUUGAUAUAACCACUCUGAAAGGGCCUAAAUUUGGGUUAGAAGUUUAUCGCAAAGUAGUUACCCAGUUGAGACUGCUGGUUUGCGGAGGAGAUGGAACUGUUGGUUGGGUUCUACAAACUUUAGAUUCUCUUAAUUGGCCGGCGUAUCCGCCAAUGGCUAUUAUGCCAUUAGGAACCGGAAACGAUUUGGCUAGAUGUAUGGGGUGGGGUGGCACGUUUUCAGAUGAACCACUUAGCCAAUUGCUUCAGGCAAUUCUGCAUGAAACAACUGUUACUCAUCUGGAUAGAUGGCGUUUGGAUGUCGAACCCAACCCCACUUGUAAUAUGGAUGCAACAUCGGACGAAAUAUCCGAUGCUGUGCAAUCCUCUUUACCUUUAACAGUCAUGAACAACUAUUUUUCAAUUGGGGCUGAUGCUCAUGUUGCCCUUCAAUUCCAUCAUAGCAGGAGUGCUAAUCCUCAAAUGUUGAACAGUCGUUUAAAAAACCGAAUCGCUUACGGUGGUUUGGGGACGAUUGACUUGUUCAAGCGGAGUUGGAAAGAUUUGUCUGGUUACAUAACACUUGAGUGUGAUGGUAUUGAUAUGACGGCUAGGAUUAAAGAGAUGAAGUUUCACUGUAUACUCUUCCACAACAUUUCGUACUAUGCUGGAGGAACUACCCCAUGGGGUAGCGACGCCAAUGACGCUCAAAAGCAAUCUAGUUGUGAUGGCAAAAUUGAAGUAUUGGGCUUUACCACAGCUACUUUGGCGGCUCUGCAGAUGGGAGGAAAGGGAGAGCGUAUAGCCCAGUGCUCGUCAGUCAAGAUAAUUACGAGUAAAGCUAUCCCCAUGCAGGUUGAUGGAGAGCCAUGCUUAUUAGCUCCGUCUUUCAUUCAUCUUAGUUUUCAUAGCAAAGUUCCCAUGCUCAAAAGAGAGAAGAAACCUCCUUGCACACCAAACUUGAUGAGAAGAAACACUCGGACACAACGGAAAGACUCACGGGUUCAGUCCACUUCUCUUAUUAUGCAGUUGCCAGUCGUUGUGGUUGGUAAACAUGAUUACGAUACUUAUAAGGACUGUUUUGAACGACUUAAAGACACAGCGUAUGAAAUCGGAAUAAUAAAUGUCGAAGCUGAAUCUGAGCUUGACGAUGUACGAACUCAGAUUCUGAAAAUUCUUCUUGAUCAUCAUUCCUUGCCAUAUGCUCCUUCGAGAGAUUGGCGUUUUCUUGAUUAUGUAACGAAUGCGGAAGAGGGAACUUUUCGAGUAUCACGUCAUCAAGAAAAACUGCAUAGCAUCUCAGAUAUUUGUAACCCGGAUGAAUGCUUAUUAAUUCUUGAUCAUGCUUUUCCAUCAAUCACAGCUGUAACAGAAGUUGUUCAAGAUAUAUCUUUCAGUAAUAACGGUGAGCCAUCGCCCAUGACAACUCCACCACCACGAAAACCGUGUCAACGUCGAAUCUCAGAAACCUUACGUAUUGUUCUAAGUUCAGAUGCUCAAGAAACGCAUUUAUAA